GACUCAUUCAAAGGAGGUAAAUUGUAAUGGAAUGGACUUGGAAGUGGACGUUUUGCUUAUCUCGCAUGUGGAGGAACGGUACAUUUGCAGGAACCAUGCUUUAAAUAACUUGAAACAACGUUUGAUGAACUGAGAUUUUUCAGGAUGUUACAUUUUUAAAGAAAAAUACAUUAUCCGAAAAAAACGAAGUUUUCUUUGCCGGGCUUUAGACCGUCCAACCGGAUUAUACAAUGGUCAUAGAUAUUCUUAUUUUGUGUUUUUUAUCCGUCACCACACGCAUCGCAUCAUCUUUGGAGCUGCAACCUGGCAUGCCGAAUGUGUGCACAGAUCAGGAGCUGUCUAUGCUGGGGUCCAGCCAACCCUGUGUCCAGUCUUUUACCCGCAUGACCAAGGUGUGGCGGCAGGGCUGCACAGGCCACAGCUGGUGUAUGGGCUAUGAGAGGAGGACUACAUACUACACCGUCUACAGACAGUCGUACACCAUGGAGAGGCGCACCGUGUACAAGUGCUGCCCAGGCGAGGCACAAGGACGGAGAGAAGGCUGUUUGCAUAGGAUAUGUGCCCCUGACACCUGCUUCAAUGGUGGGAGAUGUGCCGAGCUUGGAGACCAGAUAUGUCAGUGUCCAGGUGGCUUCCAAGGGACACGCUGCCAAUAUGAUGUGAAUGAAUGCGAGGGAAAUGACGGCAGCUGUGAGGGCUACUGCUGCAACACCAUUGGCAGCUUCUACUGCAAGUGUCCCCAGGGAAGUAGAUUGGGGCCGGACGGCAAGUCGUGUCAGGAUGUCAAUGAGUGUGAGGAGAUGAACGGGGGUUGCCAGCAGGUGUGCGUCAACACUCCUGGCUCUUAUCACUGUGAGUGCAGCCCUGGCUUCCGCAUGCACACGGACGGAAGGACCUGCAUAGCGGUGAACUCGUGUUCGGUGAAGAACGGCGGCUGUGAGCACAAGUGUGUGGACACGGGCAGCAACGUCUACAGAUGCGAGUGCCGCAAGAACUACCGGCUGACGACAGACGGGAAGCACUGUGAACUGGAGGAUCCCUGUGAGGAGGGGAAUGGAGGCUGCGCCCAGCUGUGUGACUCCCACGGUGCCCUGCCUCAGUGCAGCUGCAGACCUGGGUUCACGCUGUCUGGUGAUGGCAAGGGCUGCGAGGACGUGGAUGAAUGCAGGGUGGACCCGGCCAAGUGCUCCCAUGGCUGCGUCAACACGCCGGGCUCCUUCAUCUGUGUGUGUAACCCCGGAUUCGAACUGGGUGCUGAUGGCAAACAGUGCUACCGCAUUGAGAUGGAGAUCGUUAGCAGCUGUGAGAAGGACAACGGCGGAUGCUCCCAUCGCUGCGAGCACACCAAUGGCGGCCCUCUCUGCUCCUGUAACCACGGUUACCACCUGGAUCAAGACAGGAAGACCUGUCUGGACAGCGAUGAGUGUGUGAACGGGGAGAGCUGCUGCAGCCAGCUGUGCAGGAACUACCCCGGGGGCUACGAAUGCAGCUGCAGUGCGGGACACAGGCCGAGCCCAGACGGCUGCGGCUGCGACGCAGUGGACCAGUGUCUGUCCCAGACCGCCGGCUGUGAGCACUACUGCGUGAGCGCCUGGGGUUCGUACGAGUGUUUCUGCCGCCCGGGCUUCCGUCUGGAGCAGGACAAGCGCUCCUGCACGCCUCUUUACGGCAGGGAGUUCGGGGAGGAGGAAGACGAAGGCGAUGAGGUGGAUGAAGACGAGGAGGUCCACAGGGUUCCAGGCCUGCUGUUCCGUCGGCCUCCACAGCUCCUCCAGUACACGGCAGCCCUUCACUCACCGUACAGCGCCGACGGCGGCGGCGGCCAUGGCGGCGAGGGCCAUGAUGACGAUUACGAUGACGACGAAGAAGCAGCUUCCGCGCAUGUGGGAGAACUCAGGCUGGUCAGCCAAAUAGUGUGCCUGGGGGGCUCCUUCGGGCCGGACUGUGGACUGAGCUGUGACGACUGCAUGAACGGGGCCGUGUGCAGUGCGGACAGAGACCGCUGUGACUGCACACCUGGCUGGACCGGGACCACCUGCAAUCAGACGUGCCCCCAGGGCACCUACGGCCAGGCCUGUAACGGUCUGUGUCGCUGUCAGAACGGCGGCUCCUGCGACCCAGCGACGGGUAGCUGUUUGUGCCCAACUGGAGUUCAAGGCCUGUUGUGUGAAGAUGGUUGUCCGAGCGGUCACUUUGGGCGGCUCUGUCUGAGGAGAUGCAACUGUCCCAACAACGGACACUGCCACCGUGUGUUUGGAUCCUGCUUGUGCUCGCCGGGACUGUACGGGCGGUUCUGCCACCUGCCGUGCCCCAGGUGGACCCACGGGGCGGCCUGCUCCAGGGAAUGCGACUGUGACCUGAAGGGCUCCAGCGGCUGUGAUCCCAGAAGGGGGACGUGCCGGUGCAAGGCCGGAUACGGAGGCCCGCGGUGCCAGAGAGAGUGUGAGCCGGGCUCCUUCGGGCCCGGCUGUGAGCAGCGGUGCGAGUGUCCAGGUGGCGGGUCAUGUGACCGGGCGAGCGGGGAGUGCGAGCGCAAAUGUCCGGCAGGACUGCACGGGGACGAGUGCCAGCUGGACUGCAGUGCAGGACAGUUCGGGGAGAACUGCAGUCUGAGCUGUGACUGUAGAGGCUCCUCCUGCGGUCCUGUGGCUGGCCGGUGUGACUGUCCUGCUGGGAAGACAGGCCCGGCCUGUCAGCAAGACUGCCCAGAUGGUUUCUGGGGGUUGAAGUGCCGGUCACUUUGUAGUUCCUGCGAAAACGGCGGCUCCUGCAACAAACAAACUGGGGUCUGUGAUUGUCGACCGGGCUUCGCUAGAACACUCUGCCAAGACGUGUGUGAGGCUGGCCACUGGGGCCUUGGUUGUGCCAGUAAAUGCCAGUGUGGAGAAAACUCGGUGGGCUGUGACCCUGUAAGCGGUCUGUGUUCGUGUGAUGCUGGCUACGCUGGAGACAACUGUGAACAAAGGUGCAUGCAGGGUCUGUUCGGGAUGCGAUGCAGCCAGACGUGCGUGUGUCAGAACGGGGCCAGGUGUGACCAUGUCACCGGACAGUGCAGCUGUGGCGCGGGCUGGACAGGAGAGAGCUGCCAGUUAGCCUGCCCUGCUGGCCAGUACGGCCACCACUGCUCCCAGCAGUGUGUGUGUGAAAACGGAGGCUCGUGCGACAGGAUCACAGGCCGGUGUUUCUGCCCUGCGGGCUGGACCGGAGCAGGCUGUGGUCUGGGGUGUGAGGAGGGGCGCUUCGGAGAGGCCUGUGCCCACGCCUGCCGCUGUGCCCACGGAGGUCUCUGUGACAGGGUGGCGGGGCGCUGCAGCUGCCCCCCGGGCUGGACGGGGGAGCGAUGCCAGAAAGCUUGUGCAGCUGGUUCAUAUGGGUUGAACUGCAGCCAGGCAUGUCAGUGUUUCGGGACCCAUGAGCAAUGCAACCCUGUCUCUGGGAAGUGCACCUGUACGACUGGGUACUAUGGGAUGCAUUGUAGGUUAAGAUGCAGGGAAGGUUCCUAUGGGCCGGGCUGCAAGCUAAGGUGCAGAUGCACUAACGGGGGUCUCUGCGACUUCAGGACGGGUGCCUGCCAGUGUCCUGAUGGCUUCAUAGGGGCAGACUGCAGCUCCGGUUGUCCUGCGGGACACUUUGGAAAGGACUGUGCCCUGCGGUGCUCCUGCGGAGAGGCGGGACAGUGCCACCCGGCUACUGGGAGGUGCAUCUGCGGCCCUGGGAGAAUGGGCCACUUGUGCCAUCAGGGUAAAGUCUCCAGAAACCCCACGUUCCACAAGGGCACUUGUGUUCCAGCUUCUAUGUCAAAAUCAAGUUUAUUUGUUUAGCUAACUUAUAUCUCAAACAGAGUCUGUGCUUCUGAGUCCCUUAAAUUAUAAAACAAAAGAACUUGAGAGAUAAGACUUAAAGGUUGGGUAUGGAAUUCUCUUUUUGGCCAUUUUUGCAGAAUUACUUGAAAUCCUUAUCAUAACCCACUUACAGCCACUGAGUUAGAAGUACUGACAUGACAAUUAAACAAGUCAAUCAUCUGUGG